AUGACGGUCAACCUUCCCCCAGCUGAAGCCAGCUUAAUAACUCACUAUCACAUCAGCCUUUGUGGUGACAGCCAAGGAAAAGAGAAAUUAUCACCCAUUUCCGAGGACCUUUUGGAUGUUUACGUCUCGAUUGAUAUAUCUCUUCCUGCCUGGGUUUAUGGAGAGAUCUGUCAGUCAAGGCUGGUGAGGUGGGAAGAUGCCACCAGGAACUGCCCUAAUGGCAUAUGGCUCAAGCGGCAUGAAAGUGAUUACAGAUCCUUGGAAGGACUGGAAGGUUUUGUGUGUCUGGAAGAGUUAAUACUAGACAACAAUCAACUGGGAAACCAUAUUGCCUUCCCCUUACUGCCAUAUUUGCAUACCUUGACCCUAAACAAAAAUGAGUUGACUGAGAUGGAUUGUCUUUUGGACACAUUAACCACAUCUGCUCCAGCCCUGGAAUAUCUCAGCUUGCUUGGUAACCAGGCCUGUCCCAAUGAACUUGUAAGCACAGAGAAAGAUGAAGAUGACUACCAAAGAUAUAGGUACUUUGUCCUGAACAAACUUCCUAAUCUCAAGUUUUUGGAUACCAGAAAAGUGACAAACAAAGAGCGUGAAGUAGCGAGUUCUCGAGGAGCUUUUAUGAAAGUUGUAAAGCCAAAGGAAAACAAGGUUUCCAGUAAUACACCCUCCAGCUCUCUUGAUGUGCCUUACACCCCCCUGCCAUCAGCUCCAAGGGACCUAACCAAUCACAAAGGGGUUGCAGGGAAAUGCCGCUAUAUUUACUAUGGAAAGCAUUCAGAAGGUAACAGAUUCAUUCGUGAUGACCAACUCUGACCUGAGUAAUGCGCAAAUCUUCUCUCACCUGCUGUCAGGGAACACUGGAAUAUGGGGGAGGUCAAUAGUGUAACCUUUAUACUUGGGCUGGCAUCUUGAAAUUGUAUUAUCAGAACUAUAAAUUCUGCUUUUCCUUAUGUGUAACAGAAAAUAAAUCUAUGUUUUAA